UUAUCCUCAACCAUUAUUUGUACAUGCAUUGAUGUUGUCGCCUAUACUUUGGCCAGUGGAGAGAAAACGAAUGAACAAUGAGCUUGCCACAUUCAGCAGUGUAUGUUUCAAUGAUGAAUACAAUGGUUUCUUUUGGACCAUGGGCCGGAUCAAUAAAUCGAUCCUGCAUGAGCGACUAAACGAAGUUUACUUUCAUUGGACCUAUUUCGGAUACGAAACAGAAAGACAGCUUCUUUGCGAAAUAUACGUAUACAUGUAUAUGCGGAUAAAGUGGUAUAUACGAGCUAGUACUCCAGGUUAUUUCACAAGCUUUAUCGUCGACAGAACACUCAGCUUAAGAAUUUUCUAACCUAAGGAUUCGAUAACCGAUGGGUGAAAAAAAAAUAUGGAGAAUGAACAUCAGCUGACCCCAGGCCCAGCCAGCCAGGAAGUUCCAAAAUGCGAAAAAGAUGAAGACAACAACAACCCCAAUGACGACAAGAUGGUUGGUGAUGUCUACCGGCCGAGAAGGUCAUCACUGACUGCCUCGGAGACAUCGUCCGGUGUUUGGUACCCCCAGGAAAAGGACGAGAGUUACACCUGCUGUUGCUUCUGGAAGCCCCAGUGGGCCCAGAGGCUCCUCUCCCCGGUGUUCUUCCUCGUCUGCGUCUGCCUGGUCGUCUUCGGAGACGCCGUGGCCCUGGGAGCCUUCACGGGCAUCACCACUUCCAUCGAGACCCGCUACCGCCUGUCGGCGUCCAACCUGGGCGUGCUGGUCACGAUGUACAGCGCGGGCACCAUGGUGGCCCUGCCGUUCGUGUCGUACUUCGGCGGGCGUCGCGGCACCAGUCGCCCGCGCUGGAUCGCCUCGGGGGCCCUGCUGAUAGCGCUGGGGACGUUUCUGAACGCCCUGCCGCAGUUCGUGUUCGGCAAGUACGACGCCGUACCCUCGAGUGGCCAGGUCGAUCCCCUAGUUUGCACGGCUGCUAAUUCCACCGACUGGUGCAACUCAUACUACGCGGUCGGUGCACAGAACGACGCUGCCUUUUGGAUCAUGAUCGCCGGCUCAGUGCUUAGCGGUGCUGGCUACGCUGCCAUCCCGACGCUCGCCUUGUCGUACAUCGAUGACAACUGCAGAACAGAAACCACUGCCGUGUAUGUAGGUAUUAUUGAGAGCAUGUACGGCGUGGGCAGCAUGAUCGGUUUCUUCAUCAGCUCCUACUCCCUGACGUUCUGGGUGGAUUUCUACCGCCUGGACCCGGACACCACCAUUCCUUCCCCGGACCACCCGGCCUGGGUCGGGGCCUGGUGGCUGGGAUUGCUGGUCUGCAGCGUGUUCUUCGUGCUGAGCUGCCUGCCACUGUUUGGUUUCCCCAAGCGGCUACCCGAGCGCUACAGACGGGGUAGCGAUGCGAAAUCACGGGAGAGGAAAUCGAGACGACGGGCCAGUCUGUCUGAAGGGAGCGACUGCGAGGAAGUUGAUUCCGAAACCGAACAAAAGGCCCAAGAAUUACAUGACAAAGAUACAACCGACCAAAAGUUGGAUAGUGAUACAGAGGAAGGGCUAGUAAAGGGUCUUUUGAAAACCUAUUUCCGCCUGAUGCGCAAUCCCGUGCUGAUGUGUAUCACCCUGGGAACGGCCUGUCAGGCCAUCGUCGUGUAUGGAUUUGGUACCUUCUUCAAUAAGUACCUGGAAUCGCAAUUCGAAGUCACUGCAUCCUUUGCCGAUCUACUAACAGGCGUGGCUCUCUUACCUCCCUACGGUAUAGGAUAUAUCCUGGGAGGCUACAUCGUCCGUAAGACACGGAUGGGUUACCCCAAGAUGUUCCUGUUCGCCAUGGCAGCAGUCGUAGUUGGCCUAGCCAGCUUCAUCCCAAAUUUCUUCCUUGGUUGCAGUAACCCUCAGAUAGCAGGGGUGACUGUUGGAUACGAGGGUCAGAGCUUGACCGAAAUUUCGCUGCUUGCCGACUGCAACGCCAACUGUAGCUGCACGGCUUCGACCUACCAGCCGGUAUGUGACGCAGUUGGUGACGUCAUAUACUUCUCCCCGUGCUUUGCAGGCUGCAACAGCACGGGCGACGACGUUUUGUACAACAACUGCUCAUGUCUUGCCAGUUCGACCGACACCGCUCUCGCGGGGCUGUGUGAAUUCCACUGCGGUACCCUGGUACCUUUCAUAGUCAUGCAGGUCCUUCAGACGAUUGCGAUCACCAUGGCCGGAGCACCACAGCUGAUUCUGGUUCUUAAGUGUGUAGAUCUUGCAGACAAGACAGCAGCCCUGGGAUUCAAUCGCAUUUUUACCGGUCUUGGUGCCUUGGUUGGACCGAUGUUGUACGCCUCAUUUGUCGAUCAAUCGUGCCUCGUCUGGCAGUCCGAAUGUGGGGAGUACGGCUCCUGCCAGAUCUACGACAUCGAACGGUAUCGCAACCUCAUCAUGGGCGUGUCCAUGAUCGCUGGCGUCGUGGGGGUCGCAGGCACGUGUCCUGCUUACUACUUCAUCCGUAGGAACAUUCGCAAACAGACAGCGAAUUCCCAGUUGCAAGUGAUUGACUCGCAUAUCGCGCUGGGUGAUAUGGAGAAAGUAGAUGACACUGAAGAUUAAGCUACAGUUUGAAACAAAGUACUGAAAUGUGUAUACUAAGACAAAAUUUGCUUUACAUGGUAAUCAUUAUUUUUUACUUAAAAGCCGCCAGAACUGGAGGGCACUGUUUUGAGGACCGUUUCGUAUCGUAGGGUCGAGUUCAAGGGCAAGUUCGCGCAAGAACUAGUGUUGUCUUAUAGUUAACCAUACUUCGACUUAGUUAGCCCGAACUCUGUCUAGUCGACGAUGGUUGGACUACGCCGAUCGACUAUUUGGAGCCAGCCUAUUGGGCCUGAUUGCUUCGCUGGUUACCAAUAGCUGCAUGCAUUCAUAACGUUCAGCAGCGAGCCAGGACCCAGAAGAUUUCCGAUGACAUUUUGACCAGCGAUUGACUAGAGACAUUCGCACGUUGCUUUUAGUGCGCAGGCGUAUUACGUCACAAAUCAACCACAAGGCGACUAAUGGUCGUUGCUCGAACUUGCUCCAAAUUGGGUAUUUUACGGCUACUGCAAUAGCUGCAGUUCUUGCUAUCCGCUUAUGGCUAUCCGCUUAUGGCAGUGAGUAGCCCUAAACGUACACAUCAGUACCUGAUUCAUACACGUCAGAGGUAGCCUACACUUAUAUUUGCAACAUUCUAUAUACGGUUUUAUUAUUUUAAUUUAAAUACUGAAAAAAAGUCAGAAGUUUUAUUUUGUUAUUCUCCCACAAGAAUGGUCUUUUAAUGAGACAGAGACUCCAUUCCGCACUUCCACAUCGCGCUUGAGUGCACCAAUAAAAGAACAAUAAUUUUUGCUUUAUUUUGUCACCGCAAAUCGGGUGAUGUGUCGAUUGAUAUCCAGAAGUACAUGCUCUGCAUGGAGCUAGCUACAAAGAGAAAAUCUCCAUGCAUGGUUUUAAGAAAGGCGGUUUGCAGCCAAAUAAAAAAUUCUCCUGGGACGAAGUUA